AUGGGGUGUCGACCUGUAUUGGCUAUUGAUUCUUGCCACCUAAGCGGUCCAUAUAAGGGAGCUCUUUUGUCUGCCAUUGCAUAUGAUGCAGAUGAUGGAAUGUUCCCGCUAGCCCUUGGUGUGGUAAGUUCAGAAAAUUAUGAGGACUGGUAUUGGUUUUUGGAUAAAUUAAAGGGCGUAUUAGAUGGUAAAGAAGUUGUUAUUAUAUCAGAUAGACAUCAGGGAAUCUUGCGUAGUGUUUCGGAGUUGUUUGGGACAGGAAAUCAUGCAUAUUGUUAUCGCCAUGUUAAGGAAAACUUUUCUAGCUUCUUCCAUAAGCAGAACAUUCGAGGAAAGAAAUGGAAAGAAGAUGCUUUGCUACUUUUGGACAGCAUUGCGUAUGCUAGGUUGGAAAUAGACUACAAUGAGGCAUUUGAAAAACUUGUGCGCUUCAAUGAGAACCUAGCAAAAUGGGUUGUGGAAAACAAUCCCGAACAUUGGGCAAUGUUAAAGUUUCUUAACAAGCGAUGGGAUAUAAUGACAACUAACAUUGCAGAGUCGUUCAAUGCGUGGUUAAGAGAAAAGCGUCACCAAACAAUUUAUACUUUAUUGUUAAUGCACAUGGAUAAACUUGUAGCCAUGUUGGACACCCAUAUGCGUGGUACACAAAAGUGGAAGAGCGUGGUCGGACCGAAAACUGAAGAGAAGUUAAUGUCAAAUAUCAUGAGGUCUGGUCCGAUUAGUGUGCUACCAUAUUUGGGAGGGACGUUUAAGGUGUUUACUGGAGAGGUUUAUUUGGUUGUCGAUAUGAAUCAACGUACGUGUACUUGCAUGACAUGGCAAAUGUCCGGUUUGCCAUGUGCACACGUAUGUGCUAUCAUCCGCACACUGAGACACGACGUGUAUGACUAUAUUGACCCAUGUUUUCAUGUCUCCAUGCAAGAUUUGAUUUACUCGGGUCAGUUUCAACCAUUACCAACACACAACAUGCCAAAACUUUGUGACGAUGGGAGUUUGCAAGAUUGCGCGGGCAACACCUUUCCUGCUUUCCAACCCCCUCAUGUGAGACGUCCUCCAGGAAGACCCCGACAAAGGUGCAUUGAAUCACAAUUUUCUCAUAAGAGAGCAAUUCAUUGCUCUCGAUGCAAUGGAAUAGGUCACAACCGCUCUAAAUGUAAUAAUCCGUUGUCGUGA